AUGUGGAAAACUAAGGGGCGUGGUGUUUCCACUUCCCCCGAAUUGCGUGCACUCGUGCAAGUAAUACGGGCUGCAGACAAGAAGGACUUUCCCGAACUCGUCCAUCCCGGGCAGCGCCACCCGCCCAUCGCCGCGCUGCAGCAAAUGGUGAAAGAAAUUACGGGCCGAGUGCUCACCUCGGAGGAACUUCAGUUGUUCAGCGUCAUGUAUAUGAGUGUUGAGUACCGUCUGUGUGGUGUGGAUCCCAUGACACUGCCAGAAUCGCUCGUGGGUGACGCUUUGAGUCUUACAUUCCGUCUCGAAUCGGCCUGUAUUAAGGCGGGUAUAUCGCUGCUGAACGUCUUUCCUUGUAUUAGCGCCGCGCACAAUUAUUUUCUUGAAAUUAGAGGGUUCAAAUUUUCCGUGAAGCUUGUACCUGUGUUCUACCGACUCUCUGAUGCUAUAUGCGGUUUACUGCACCGUGCGCUGGAUAAGGUAAAUGAGUACAAAGCUAGAGGCGAUUGGAGGCCGGCUUCGCCCCUUUCAAGGGCCGCCAAAUCCAGUUUAAACCAGUUUUCAGAAGGAGAACUGUGUGAUGACAUCGUUUUAUGGGAGAAGGUGACUGGAAAUGUGCCAGAAGAUAUUCUUGAUGUACUCACAGACAUUGACGGGGAUGUGGACGAACUACUGGCACAUUUAAAAUGGUACGUAGAGGCUUGUAGAGAAACUAUUUAUAUUGACACAGCCAACUUCACAGACGAUAUCUAUGUAAGGAGGCUUUGGAAUUCGUAUGUUGGAAAAGGGAUGCCGGCGUGCUUCGCUGAGAGUUGCUCCCCAGCACUAAGUUUGUUGCCCAAGUGCCUUCAUGAGCCGGUUAUGGACGUGUUAAAUUAUAGGGAUUGUGGUGUUAUCUCCUUGUAUUCACUGAAGCGUCUGUUGGACAUUUGGGGCCCGUUUCUGCUUCUUGGUCGAAACAUGAAGGAUGAUGUCGCUAUGGGUGUGUUUGACUUCGGACACUCGUUGGAAUAUCGGUGCAAAACGUUUGCGCGACGGGAGGAUGCGCGGGAGGGGGACUACGUGUUGAUGCUUAGUAAUGUCCCUUCUGAGGUACUUGCGUUAGUGCUCGUCCAGCGACGGGGUGCUAUUGAGCAACAGGACCCGGGUGAGUGUAAAAGGAGGAAUAGAACUCUUGCAGUUAAAAGGAUUCGUUUCACGCAGAGUUCAGGUGCCUGGGUUCCGGAUGGGCUGACGGUGGAGGAAUUCGACAGCAUCGGGGCGGCUUGCCGCGCGUUUCCCGAGGUUUUCCAGCGGCCCUGCGGUACACAAUAUGAUGUGGAGCAGUGCAGCGAUGCUCGCGCCUUGGUGGAUAGCGGAAUAGACAACGACAUGGCACAUAAUGUCUCGAGUUUGCAUCGUGCUUGCUUCCGAAAUAAUGUGCGGUACGUGAAGACGUUACUUUCACGCGGUGUUGCGGUUAUUGUGAAUACCAGUAUAAUAGAUCCUGUUGUAUCAUCACGGUACUGCUGGACACCACUCCUUUGUGCUGUGAACAACCCCAACAGUGACCCUAGUGAAGUGGUGCAGAUGUUGCUGAAUGAGGGUGCCGAUGCAUAUAUAUGUGAUAAUGCAAAAUGCACGGCAUUGUACUAUGCCAUAGCCAAUGGCUACGCUGAGGCUGCCCGUAUUCUGUUGAAGCACUUCCCCGAUCUGCGUCCGUCUCCCUGGACGGAGUCUCUUCUCGUCGCUCUCGGUGCACAUCACUUUCAUGCGCACGAGGGUGAUAUCCGCCGUCUUGCGGAUUUGAUUCCUUCAGCAGCGAUGAUGCGUGUGCUUUUACCGAGGGAAAAUAAUCUUCGAUUUGUUCAGCUUUGCGUGGACAUCAUCGCGGGAAAACUUUGCGGUGUGGACCGACUACCGCGGCCGGAGGACGACAUCACCCUGUGGCAUCCCGAUGGUGAUGUCGAGCUGCGCACCGUUGAAGAAGAGGAAUAUUUAACGAAGAUUGUCUUUUACCAUGGUGUGCAUUGCCGAGAAAACGUUGAUGAGGUUUCCGUCGCUGCUCAGCUCCUUUAUCAUCGUUGUUAUUAUCUUUCGUGCAGGGAACACUUUGGUCUGGCUGUGGAGACGCCGCAAAAUUCAUAA